AUGGCGUGGAAAUUUUUCUUGCCCUCUUCGACCAACCCGGCGUGGCAGCAGGCGUUGAGCACCCCCGUGAAGGUGAUCUCAUUGGGCCUCACGCCCUGCUCCUUCAUGCGUCUGAAGAAGGCCAUGGCUUCUUCGCCGCGGCCGUGCGUGGCCAGCCCGCAGAUCAUAGCGCUCCAGGGCAUGACGUUCUUGUCAGGCAUUCUGUGGAACACCAAGUUGGCGCUCCUCAGGCACCCGGACUUGGCGUACAUGUCGACGAGCGCGGUCCCCAGCUGA